AUGAAGCCAAUCAAGGUGUGGAACACUAACGAGCAUGUGCCCACGGAGGUCAAGACUUUGGUUUAUGGAACUAACGUUGAUACUUUUUCCAUCUGUAGUGAGACCUACAAAGUAGAGAAAACGGAGCAGAAACUACAGAAAACGGAGCAGAAAAUACAGAAAACGGAGCAGAAACUACAGAAAACGAAGCAGAAAAUACAGAAAACGGAGCAGAAACAACAGAAAAUGGAUCACAAUUUACAGAAAACGGAACAUUACAGAAAAUGGACAACUUUAGAACCAACUCAAGCAACUUUAGAACCAACUCAAGUAACUUUAGAACCAACUCAAGUAACUUUAGAACCAACUCAAGUAACUUUAGAACCAACUCAAGCAACUUUAGAACCAACUCAAGCCACUUUAGAACCAUCUCAAGCAACUUUACAACCAACUCAAGUAACUUUAGAACCAACUCAAGCAACUUUAGAACCAACUCAAGCAACUUUAGAACCAACUCAAGUAACUUUAGAACCAACUCAAGCAACUUUAGAACCAACUCAAGCAACUUUAGAACCAACUCAAGUAACUUUAGAACCAACUCAAGCAACUUUAGAACCAACUCAAGCAACUUUAGAACCAUCUCAAGCAACUUUAGAACCAACUCAAGCAACUUUAGAACCAUCUCAAGUAACUUUAGAACCAACUCAAGCCACUUUAGAACCAACUCAAGCCACUUUAGAACCAACUCAAGCAACUUUAGAACCAUCUCAAGCAACUUUAGAACCAACUCAAGCCACUUUAGAACCAACUCAAGUAACUUUAGAACCAACUCAAGUAACUUUAGAACCAACUCAACCCACUUUAGAACCAACUCAAGCAACUUUAGAACCAACUCAAGCAACUUUAGAACCAACUCAAGCCACUUUAGAACCAACUCAAGCCACUUUAGAACCAACUCAAGCAACUUUAGAACCAACUCAAGCAACUUUAGAACCAACUCAAGCAACUUUAGAACCAACUCAAGCAACUUUAGAACCAUCUCAAGUAACUUUAGAACCAACUCAAGCAACUUUAGAACCAACUCAAGCAACUUUAGAACCAACUCAAGCAACUUUAGAACCAACUCAAGCAACUUUAGAACCAACUCAAGCAACUUUAGAACCAACUCAAGCAACUUUAGAACCAACUCAAGCAACUUUAGAACCAACUCAAGCAACUUUAGAACCAACUCAAGCAACUUUAGAACCAACUCAAGCAACUUUAGAACCAACUCAAGCAACUUUAGAACCAACUCAAGCCACUUUAGAACCAUCUCAAGCCACUUUAGAACCAACUCAAGCAACUUUAGAACCAACUCAAGCAACUUUAGAACCAACUCAAGCAACUUUAGAACCAACUCAAGCAACUUUAGAACCAACUCAAGCAACUUUAGAACCAUCUCAAGUAACUUUAGAACCAACUCAAGCAACUUUAGAACCAUCUCAAGUAACUUUAGAACCAACUCAAGCAACUUUAGAACCAACUCAAGCAACUUUAGAACCAACUCAAGCAACUUUAGAACCAACUCAAGCAACUUUAGAACCAACUCAAGCAACUUUAGAACCAACUCAAGUAACUUUAGAACCAACUCAAGCAACUUUAGAACCAUCUCAAGUAACUUUAGAACCAACUCAAGCAACUUUAGAACCAUCUCAAGUAACUUUAGAACCAACUCAAGCAACUUUAGAACCAACUCAAGCAACCUUCACAAAAAAAAUGGCGCUCCACAAUCCAAUUACAUUACCCGGCAAACACCCGGUCAUAACCCCAGUGUCGAUGGGUUUUUUCGCGUGUCGUAAUAGUCAAAUGAAUCGGCGGCGGGAGGUCACCGAGUGUGUCUGGUAA